ACUAUUUCAAUUCACCAACCCUCGACAAAGCUUUCAUUGUCGUGAAGGGCAUUUGAUUAUUUAUAGGUUAUCUAGGUUCUCGAAAGCGUUCUGCGUUGCGGUUGCGAAAAACAGCUUAAAAUCCAGGUUAUACCUAAAUAUAAAUAAAAAGAGAAUUAUACCCAGAAUGCCCCCACGUAGUCCUUUGUCUACCCAUAUUUAUUUAGUGGUAUUUUAGGCUGGAUAUAUAGGCCUAUAAACCCUUCAAUAAACAUCUCUAUAGUUCGUGUAUACUACAAAGGUUGCUCGGCUUCAUAACAUUCAACUGUACCGAAGAAUAUCAAACGCAUGAACCUUGAAUUCAUUAAAAAGGAGAUAGGCCUAUAUCUGUUAUCGAUUGGUACCUUAACACCAAGAACUAUGAUGUCUUCUAAAUUGAUUUUUAUUGUCAUAGCAACCGUGGCUUUAUUUGACAGGGGAAAUUGCCUGAGCUGUAUCUGUCAUGAGUAUGGCAUUAAUACCUCAACCCUCAAAGACUGGCGUGAUGAAAACUGUCCGGUAGAUGUCGAGUGUCCGGCCGGGUCGAAAGUCAUAUGGGAUAUCUGCUCCUGCUGUAAGAGCGAUUGCUCGAAGUUGGAAGGCGAGGAAUGUGGCGGUGCGUUCGAUGAGGCCGGUAGAUGCGGAGAUGGUCUAGCAUGCUACGUCGAGCCGUCUGCAGAGCCAGAUUCUUAUUUCUAUGAGUACGGCUAUGGCAAAUGCGUCCUCAAGAAGCCCACCGUCUCCACUCCCUUCAAUGACGUCACAACUAUACCAUCCACUGCCGCCGGUGGCGCUGUAACUAAAAAGUCCAGGCAGGCGGCGCAUGGAUGCGGAAAGAAGAAGAUGGCGAGGAUGGGUGAAGAGGAUCGGAAGAGGUGUGAGAAACAGAGAGAAAUGAGGAAACUGAAAAGACGGGAAGGAAACAAACAAAUUAACCAGUAAUAUUUCCUGAAGUUUUAUCGGGCUAUACGGUGGUAUGAUCACGAUUGAACAAGUCUUUUAUUCGCGAGCCCCAGCAGGAGGUUUGGUGGAAGCCCUGUUUCUUUCGAUGUUAUUCCACUUUAAUGGAAUAGACAAUCGAAUCAAUCACAAUUCCUAAAUAGUUUAUUAGUUCAUUGAAAUUUUUCGUUUGCACUUUCCACUGGUUAAUAUUGAUUUUACUCAAUAAAUCUAUUUGACAUUAUGGUCCAAAUAUUUGAAACAAUUUUCCAAACAAUAUCGAAUCAUGCUCAACUAUAUACUCCUUGAAAUCUAACCUUAAAAUAAAAAAACACCUUCCAGUCAUAUGCAACACGUACACUCUUCAAGUUAAAACAUCAACUGUUUUAUAGCUGCACCUGGAUUGCACCAUGCACUUGAUCGAUGAAGAAAUUACAUGGACCUUAUCACGAGGCCGCCAUCAUUACCAAGCUUAAUCGCUCACGAUGGCGGUCUCCAACAGACUCUAAAGACUCAAUUUUUUAACAGCAUUCCACCAUUCAUAAGUGAUUUUUGUAUAAAUUUGCUAUAUGUUUUCUUAUAUUUGUAUAUCAAAAUGUGCGAAAAGAUCAUGUUGGUAAUGGAAAUAAAGAAAUGAAAUGAAAAUAACAUGUUCUUAA